CGCGCGCUUGGGCAGGCAGGUGGAGGAGAGCUGAGCGGUCCACCGCGUUCGGUGCUACGCUCCGGGCCCCACCAUGGGUAACCGCGCGGGCCGCACCGACUUCGAGUGGGUCUACACCGACCAGCCGCACACGCAGCGGCGCAAAGAGAUGCUCGCCAAGUACCCGGCCCUCAAGGCCCUGAUGCGGCCGGACCCUCGGCUCAAGUGGACGGUGCUGGGGCUGGUGCUGGUGCAGCUGCUGGCCUGCCGGCUGGCGCGGGACCUGCCGUGGCGCUGGCUGCUCUUCUGGGCCUACGCCUUCGGCGGCUGCAUCAACCACGCGCUGACACUGGCCAUCCACGACAUCUCUCACAACGCGGCCUUCGGCUCGGGCCGCGCGGGGCACAACCGCUGGCUCGCCGUGUUCGCCAACCUGCCCGUGGGCCUGCCCUACGCCGCCUCCUUCAAGAAGUACCACGUGGACCACCACCGCUACCUGGGUGGCCACGGGCUGGACGUGGACGUGCCCACGCGCCUGGAGGGCUGGCUCUUCUGCACGCCGGCGCGCAAGCUGCUCUGGCUGCUGCUGCAGCCCUUCUUCUACUCGCUGCGGCCGCUCUGCGUGCACCCCAAGGCCGUGACCCGCAUGGAGGUGCUCAACGCCCUGGUGCAGCUGGCCGCCGACGCCGCCCUCUUCACCCUGUGGGGGCUCAAGCCCGUGGUCUACCUGCUGGCCAGCUCCCUGCUGGGCCUCGGCCUGCACCCCAUCUCGGGCCACUUCGUGGCCGAGCACUACAUGUUCGUCAAGGGCCACGAGACGUACUCCUACUACGGGCCCCUCAACUGGAUCACCUUCAACGCGGGCUACCACGUGGAGCACCACGACUUCCCCAGCAUCCCGGGCUGCAACCUGCCCCUGGUGCGGAAGAUUGCUCCCGAGUACUACGACCACCUGCCUCAGCACCACUCGUGGGUGAAGGUGCUCUGGGAUUUCGUGCUCAAGGACUCCCUGGGGCCCUACGCCAGGGUGAAGCGGGUGUGCAGGCUGGCCGAGGACGGUCUGUGAGCCCUGCUCGUGAUGGGAGUCAGGGGGACCCUGUGGGCCCCCUUGGCUCCCCUGCUGCAGAGCUGGCUAUCACCUCCCCUCCCCGCCCGCCCCCCCCCAGCCUAGGGCCCAAAACUGGUUUGGCUGCAUUUGGUUCCCACGCCCUGGCUGCACUCUGUCCCAGAGCCCAGUGCCACGUCUGGCCAUAUUGGGCACGGGCUGCAGCCUGGAGAGGCUUGGUCUGCAUCUGCACUGUCGCCCCCCCACCGGCGUGGGCCCUCCUCUUCUGCCGGCCCCGCCCUGGGUGCUCCGUGCAGCACUCUCCACGGAGCUGAUUUCUCUGCUGGUCCCACACCCUGCAUUCUGUUUGCACACCCGCAGAUCGUGGUUGCCAGUGGCGGUCAAGGCCCCAGCCAGGCCUCAGAAGGGGGCGCUGGCACCCCCAGUGGGCCUCAGGUCUGCGUGCCUCCUUCCCGGACAGCUCAGGCCAUGGCCCUUCUGCUCCCCACCCUCAGGGACUGUGGCUCUCCACGCUGGUGCUUAGGCAGCAUCCCCGGGAGGCGGGGGGGAGGGGGUUGUGCCUUUGUGGGUGGCCCCUGCAUGCCCUGGGGCGUGGGGGUCCCUGGGGUCUGGAAGCCCCUCGUUAGCAGCCUUCCCGCCUCUCCAGCCCCGCUGAGCGCUGCAGACACUGGCUUUCCUCAGUCGCACCCCUGCCUCUGCUCCACCCUGAGGCCUUGGCCUGAGGGCUGCCCUCUCUGAGCCCCAGAGGGCUGAGGCUGGACAGGGUGGGGUCUGGCUCCCUGACUAGCUUCCUCAGGACUUGAAGAGAUCUUCAGGAACGGGUGCCGCGGGCCAGACGGAGGGUAGACGGGGCUGGACAGAUAGGGGACUGGCUGAGCGAACUGUAGCUCCGGGAGCAGCAGGCCGGUGUCCUUGGGAUGACCCUGUCCUGACUGACGGGGGCACGGCUGAAACCUAGGGGGCUGCAAGGCGUGGGCUCCCGGUCUCCCAGGGGCCGGCAGGCAGGAGCAGGAGCAGGAGGGGUACCUGGGCCCCCGGGGAGGCUGAGGACCACCCCUGGAUGGGCGCCGCCGGGCUGUGCUGGCUGACCCGGGAGGAAGGCCUGGUGCCGCACCCUGUGCCUGAGACCCGGCAGGUGCUGAGCGCGGACUUCCUGCCGGGAGCUGGGAGUGGCCUCCAGAGAUGCCAGGCACCCGUGUCCCCUAGACACCGAACCUGGCCCUUGGGAAGAGGCCGCCGGCCCCGCGGCUGUUGUGGGAGGGAAGCGCAGCUUGGCCAGAGUUCUUGGAGCCUGGGCAGGUGGCUGGCCCGCUUGGGGGCUGCCGGCACAGCCUCCUGCAGAGCUGUCCUGGGGAGGAGGCUGCCCAGGGAGAAAGGUGUGCUCUGUCACCACCUGCCAGCAACCCCCCCCCCCCCCCGCCACUGGGUUAGAACGGGUGCUGGACCCGGCCGGGGUGGGGGGGCAGCCGCUCUGAGAUCAGGCCUCAGGCUGCUCACCCCACAACAGGCAGAACAGUGCUACUCCCAUCUUCCGGGUUGUUGGGAGCACUCGAUGGGUUGGGGUGUCCGGAGCCUGGCCAGAAAACAGCAGUCCCCUGUCAUCAGCCAGACUGGGGGGCCCCACCUCAUCCCCUCCCCCUCUGCCCCGAUCCCCCGGAGGACGGCUGGGCAAACUGUGUCCCUGGGGGUCAGGAGAUGGGACAGCAUUUCCAGCUUGCUCCCGGCCCAGGAGCAGAUCCUCUCUGGCUCCAAAGGGGACUCACAGGGUCUGAGAAGUGCUGGGGUGGGCCUUGGGUGGGCGUGCAGGGCAGGGCCAUGGUCCUCCCUGGACCAUGCAGCCUGUCAACUUCCCUGUCCCUGCUGCCUUGCUAAGCCCAAGCCACCACUCCCUGAGCUGUGGUCAGAAUGGAGCCAGCCCCUUUGAUGCUCCAGGUGUGGGUGGCACUCAGGGCCUGUCUCGGGGGAGGCCAUGGGGGGCAGCCCUCCCCAGGACCCCUGGCUGGAAGUGCCUGAGCAGCCCCUGCCCUCGCUCCCGCCUUCCCCUGUCCGCAUGCAGCCCAGCUGCCCGCCAGGGCCACCACCUCGUUCUCACUGCUCCUGGCCACGAGGCCUGUGGGCCGCCCACCCAGAAGGGGGCAUCCUCAGCCCGGAGUGGCCAAGAGCCGGCAUGAGAGAGCGAGCCCGAGCCAGGGGUGUGGACAGUAAGCGUUUAUUACCACGUGGACACAGACACUGCGGUGCGUGGACAGACUUCACCACCACGACGCUGGGGACAGCUCGCCACUGCCAAGGUGUUAACAGCAUCACCUAGGAGAAAACUCGGAAACCAUCUAAUGAAGUGCGUGAUUUGGGGAGUCCUCUAUAAACCAAAAGAAAUGUACGCUUAAAUAGGCAAAUAUAAAAUACAAAAAAGGC